CAACAGAUCCUUGGAUUUCGAACACAGCACCCCACAAUUCUCCUAACAGUUUGUAUCAACGCUCUUUAUCAAGUGAUUUGAUGCCUACCUCAAAUGAAAGCAAAAAUAUUUUGGUUGAUGAGUCAAAAACUAUUAAACCGUUUGAAGCUGUUCAAUUGGAACAACCUAGUUGUAAUGAAAAUAAGCAAGUUUUUAAAAACCGUAAAGAUAUAAAAUCAACAGAAAGUGGAGAGCCUGAGCUUGAAAAACUGGACUCUGAUGAAAAUGGGGCUUUUGGAGAUAUUUUGGGUGGUUUGGGAGAUGGAAAUGACGAUGAUCUCUUAAAAUCUUUAACGGCAGAAAUUGGAGAUGAUUUUAAUAUACUAGAAUACGCGGAUCCCGCUUUAGACGAAUUGGCUUCAAACCCAAACUUAUUAAACAAAUUAGAUUUUGAAUAAUUACCUUGCUAUAAACAUUAUUUGGUAUUGUGCUGUUUACUAUUUAUUAUCGACCUAACACAUUCUGGGUUGUUUGUGUGAUUGCUGAUUUAAUAUCUAGACAGUAGACACAUUGCAUUAUAAGAUCAGUAAUACAUUAUUCACUCUUGUUCUAAGCGAAAUAGCUAAUAUUCGUCAAAUUAUCCGCUAAAAAUAUUUAUUAGUGAAAUUUAUCAAUAAAAGCCAAUAGUUGUUACUGGAUUUUAUUUAGUAGUCAGUAAACCUUUAUUGGGAAUAAAGAUUAAACUUAAUUGUAACUAGAUAUUACCUGAUUACUGCGUUUUUUCAGUAAUUAUUAAAAUUUUAAUGGCAAUGAAAUUGCGUUUUAAUUUCUGUAAAAACUUCUUUUGCUUGUUAUACAAAGUGUCCAUAUGUGCUUUCUAACUCUUAAUCUACAAAAUAUUACAAAAUUAAUUGCUUUAAAAAACUAAGAAGAAGAAGUUUUUGAAUGGUUAAAGAAAUUCUUUCUUUCUAAUUACAACUUACAUUUUACAUUUUUCGGCUUAGCAUUUUAUAUAUUUGUGAGAUAAUGUGAUUUUUUUUAAACCGGCAACGACAAUGUAUAUUUAUUGUCACGCGCGUAGUCUCUAAUACUCUUCUAAUAUGAUUCGGAAUUGGAUCGAGUAAUUUUCCAGCUCAGUGAUCAUUUUUUUAAAUAAAGAUAUGUGAUAUAAAACUUUCUAAUAAAUUAGUAAUUUAUUUGAAUUCUUGUCCUAAUCGCAAUAUAUUGAAAUCAUAUUUUGUAACAGUCAUAAAAUUCCAUUCAAAUUAUAGACAAAUACAAUAUUUUUUUUAAUAUAUAAUUAAGUUGACAGUCAAGGCUUAAUUUGCGUAAAACACUUCUAAUGCCUUAACAAUAAAUAAGGUUUCGACAAACGUGGCAUCGCUGGUGAUAACUUCUUUGCUUGGUUAUAUUUCCAUUGCGGCAUUUCCGCUCUGAACGAGUGAACGUAGAGAACAGUUUCUAGUUUGUCAUUAACAAGCGGAGUUUCAAAGUCUUAGUUUGUAUUCAAAAUGGAAGGAAUAACGAAGAAACAAAAAUUGUCUACUCUAGAUCAGUUGAAGGAAAUCACUGUUGUUGUAGCUGAUACAGGAGAUUUCGAAGCUAUGAAAUUGUAUAAACCUACUGAUGCCACUACAAAUCCAUCGUUAUUGUUGUCUGCGGCUAAAAUGGAUCAAUACGACCAUAUACUAAAGGAAGCUAUUAAAUAUGGAUCCAAAGUUGGAAACACAGUAAAUGAAAAGGUUCAGGAAGCAAUUGAUUACUUAGGCGUGCUGUUCGGUUGCGAAAUUUUAAAAAUUAUACCAGGAAGAGUUUCAACUGAAAUCGAUGCUCGUUUAUCAUUUGAUACAAAAAAAAGCAUCGCAAAGGCAUUGAAGUUAAUACAAUUAUACGAACAUAUGGGAAUUCAAAAAGACCGAGUUCUUAUAAAAAUUGCAUCUACAUGGGAAGGCAUACAAGCAGCAAAAAUUUUAGAAGAAAAGCAUAACAUUCAUUGCAAUUUAACUCUACUGUUUUCUUUUGCUCAAGCUGUGGCAUGCGCUGAUGCUGGAGUUACUCUUAUAUCACCUUUUGUUGGGCGUAUUUUAGAUUGGUAUGUUGCUAAUACCCAUACUAAAAGCUUUGAACCGGAGAAGGACCCAGGAGUCAUAUCGGUUACCCAAAUCUACAAUUACUAUAAAAAAUAUGAUUAUAAAACAGUUGUUAUGGGUGCAUCCUUUAGAAACAUUGGAGAAAUUAAAGCAUUAGCUGGUUGUGACUAUUUAACAAUCAGCCCUGCUUUGUUGAAAGAUCUUGAGGAUGAUGAUGAGCCUAUUAACGAGCAGUUAUCAAUAAAGAGGGCCAAAUCUACGGAUAUUGAAAAAAUUAAUAUUGAUGAAGCAACAUUCCGUUGGUUGCUUAAUGAAGAUGCUAUGGCAACAGAAAAGCUUUCUGAAGGUAUAAGAAAGUUUGCUCAAGAUUCUAAAAAACUUGAAGACAUGAUAAAAAAAUAUAUAAAUAGUGCGUAAACAUUAACAUACAAAUGUACAUAAAUUAAUAAAAAUAUAUACAUGUUUUGGAAAAUUACUCGGAUUAUUAUUAUAUUACAGAUAAAAAAAAUGGAAUAAACAUUUUUUUUCAAAUUGUUUUUGUAAUAUCAUGCUGUUAGGGUUGCUAAAGUUGUUCACUAAGGACAAAAUGUUACGAACAUUUACCUACAUAUGUAUACACUUUAAUUUUUCUUUUAAUCUUCUAGGUUUUGAAAUUGUAUACUAUGUAUAACAUGUACAUUUUGUUAAUAUAUGUAUGUAUAAAAUAAACAAUUAGUAAAUUUUUUGA